AUAUAUGACAAAGAUUUUUUCUAGGUUAAUAAGAUUUUCAAUGUUGAAAUUCAAUCUUAAAAAUGCAACUAUGUUAAAAAUUUUAUAAGUUAUAUAUUCUAUUCAUAAAAGAAUUACAAGAGGGAGUACUUGAGAAGCAAUGAAGUCUAAAGCAGGAACAUUUUCCUAACGUUUCACCUACCAUUCAUCAAUUCAGAAAUCAAAAUGAAGCCUGUGUUUGCAAUAUUCCUUGUGUGCCUUGUCCUCACUUCCUCUUUAUUGGAAGUUUCAUUAGCUGGUUCUGAUUUUUGUGACACAAGGUGUGGAGAAAGGUGCUCGAAAGCUUCGGUGCAGGAUAGAUGCUUGAAGUAUUGUGGGAUCUGUUGUGAGAAAUGUAACUGUGUGCCAUCUGGAACUUAUGGUAACAAAGAUGAGUGUCCUUGUUAUAGAGACAUGAAGAACUCAAAGGGACAAGGAAAAUGUCCUUAAUUUGUUCACAUUUAUGUUUCCUAUACUUUCUACUCCAUAAAACUUGCUUGUGUAUCUCUAAGCUUUAUUAUGUCAUGUCAUAUAUAUUGUGUAUCAUUUGUUGUAUGUUGUUGUGUAAGGGAAUUUCGUUAUGUUAUCUGAAUGUUAUGUUAGCAUGUGAGGAUUAUAAUAAGUUCAUAACCUCACUCAACAAAUAA